AUGGAAAAGCCCAAACCCACAGCCGCGCGCAAGGCGUCCCUCAACGCCCUCUCCUCCAACUCGAAAGCCCCACCCCAUCCCCCCGUCUCUGCAACCACCUCAUCUUCGAAUGGGCCAUCGCUCGAGGAGAAGGCGCAGGAGUACGAGCGACGGAUCAACGUGCUCACCUUCUGCCUGGAGGAGCAAGUGAUGGAAAAUGCGCAGCUCCAGAAGCGGCUCGACACCGUCAUGGCCCUCUACGCGCCCAAGGACAUGGGCUCGAUGGGGAACGGCAUCGGCAUGUACGGCAGCGGCUCAAUAGGUGGCCCUGAUCAGCCGGCAGCGCUAUACGAGAGAAUGAAGGCUCUCGAGGGGCAGCUGCGCGAGAAGGAGGAUGCGAUCGAGGAGCUGCAUGAGGCGCACGCCAAGGUCGAGGAGGAGAAGGAGGAGCUCAAGCGUGAAUUGACCGAACAUCGCAAGAAGAUGGACACUCUCGCUCGAGAGAUAGACGAAAUGAAGAAGGAGGAAUCCGGUGCAACCUCUUCCUCAUCCUCCUCCACUUCAUCUGCCGCCGUCAACGGCGAGAGUUCCAAAUCGAGUAGCGGCACAUCGGCAUCUUCGACGUCAGAUCAAAUCAAGUACUGGAAGGAUCGGUACAAGCGGGAGAACGAGCUGGUCUACUCCUACGAGGAGACCAUCGAGCGACUCAAGCAAUCUACCAAGUCCAAGGAGCGAAAGUACAAGUCGAUCAUGGAGCGGCUCGAGAAGGCCAAGGAGCGAAACGCCUCGCUCCAGGACUCGAACGAGGAGUACGAGAAGAAGCUGCAGAAGGUGGAGAAAGACCUCAUGGACGCCCUGCACAAGGAGGGUGAGCGGCGAAUGGAGGCCGAGUACUGGCAGGACUCCAUGAGGAAGAAGCUCAAAAAGCUCAAGAAGAAGCUCAAGAAGCUCGAAGCCAAACAAGGGGAGGGAGAGACGACCAGCGACACCGACGACACAUCAACCAGCGAUACGGAAAGCGCUUCGACCGAGAACGAGGAGAAGGACGAUGACGAUGGAGCCGAGUGA